GACAGACACUCACGGCGCUCACGUACGACGGCAGUUUGUAUGUGUGGGAGGCUGAAGAUGGUCGGAAAGUGGUCAAGUUAACACCGACAGACUGUUCACGCUCACAAAUCAGAGGGAGGGAAGAGGAAGGUGGAUAUAUGCGACAGACACGCCGCUACCUGUCGGUGAAGACGCAGUUCACAGUUAACGUUUGCUCCAGCACUCUCUGUGACUGUUGCGUUACGAGUCUGCGGUUGACGGAAAGCCCGGUUUGAACAUCGAUAUGUGGGAACAGGAGGAAUUUGCAAAACACUGGAGGAAUGAAUUCCCCGACGGAGAAGUACCCCAAAUGGACUUGCACUCCGUAGAGGACAUCGAGUCUGAGCUGGAGGUAUGUAAAAGCAACCUGAAGAGGCUCCAGAAGGCUCUGGCGGAGGAGAAAUUCAAGGUGAUCUACCUGCAGACCACCGUGUCUCGACAGAAGAGAAACGACCCGGAAAGGUUUGAAGGCAAAGAUGAAAACUUUAACGCUGACACGUUCAGCUUUUCUAAGACGGAGAAUGUUCGGAAGCCGCGGCGGCGGGAUGAUGAGGGCGACGGCCAGAGGACCAAGGUGUCCGACUCUGGAGGCGUGAAGCUCCACGCGGCAGGUAACACAGCGGGUGUCGCGAGCUACUUCGGCCGGGAACGGAGCAGGUUCAGCGGGAAGACAGGCAAGCCCGUCCCCAUCCCUGUCCCGCCACGGAAACCCAGCUUUCAGAAAAGGGACCCGGCCCCGGCUGGCGCCCCCCAGCCGAAUGAUAACGAGGCGGGCAGCGACCGAGAAUACGAGGAUGCGGAGCUGAAUGAAAAUUUCGUGAGGAAUAACUUGUUGACACCAAAAGUCGUCGGCAGGGACAGCCAGAGGACGUCCAACACCCACCGGGACAACCGGCGGCCUUUCCGCCACAGCAGGGACUUUGACUCCGGCGACGACGGCAGGCUGUCCCCGUCGCUCCCGCUGGUUCACCGCAGACCCUCCCGUGGCUCCGGAUGCAGCACCCCUGACAGGAGGAGUGAUGGUUACCUGAGCUCCGACCAUGACGACUCCUCCUCUGCAGACUUUAACUACAACACAGAUGGCUACGAGGGGGACGGAGCGGAGGACGGCAAGUCUCAGGAUGGCUCAGAGACGCUGCCCUAUAUAGAUGAAUCGCCCACCAUGUCGCCCCAGCUGUGCGCGCCCCAAGGCCCCGACGGGGAAACGGUCUCCCCCACACCACCAGAGGGCCUGCACCCAGGGGGAGACAUAGAGAAAGGACUGGAGAUGAAGAAGCUGGUGCUGUCUGGUUUCUUGGCCAGCGAGGAGAUCUACAUUAACCAGCUGGAGGCCCUGCUACUGCCUAUGCGUCCCCUGAAAGCCACGGCCACGACUUCGCAGCCGGUCCUGACCAUCCAGCAGGUAGAGACCAUCUUCUACAAAAUCCAGGACAUUUUUGAGAUCCACAAAGAGUUCUACGACGCCCUCUUACCCAACAUCCAGCAGUGGGACGAGAAGGUCACUGUGGGACAUUUGUUCCAGAAGCUGGCCAGCCAGCUGGGAGUGUACAAAGCCUUUGUGGACAACUAUAAGGUGGCGCUCGAGACGGCGGAGAAAUGCAGCCAGGCCAACGGCCAGUUCCAGAAGAUAUCUGAGAACCUCAAAGUGAAGGGUCCUAAAGACUCCAAAGAUUGUACCACAACUGUCUCGAUGGAGGCUCUCCUUUACAAGCCGAUUGACCGUGUUACCAGAAGCACCCUGGUCCUUCAUGACUUGCUGAAACACACUCCUAAGGACCACCCGGACUUCCCCCUCUUGCAGGACGCUCUGCGGAUAUCUCAGAACUUCCUCUCCUCCAUCAACGAGGAGAUCGACCCUCGCAGGACCGCUGUCACCACACCCAAGGGAGAGGCCCGUCAGCUGGUGAAGGAUGGCUUCCUGGUGGAAGUGUCGGAAAGCUCCAGGAAGGUACGGCACGUCUUCCUCUUCACUGAUCUGCUGCUCUGUGCCAAGAUGAAGAAGACGGCUGUGGGUCGCCAUCAGCAGUAUGAGUGCAAAUGGUACAUCCCUCUGGCGGACCUGACCUUCCAGACGCUGGAUGACUCCGACUCUUGCCCCAGUAUCCAAGUUCUGCCCGAGCACGAGAUAGAGGAGAUGAAGAUCAAGAUCUCAGUCUUAAAGAGUGAGAUACAGAAAGAGAAGAAAGCGCCGAAGGGUCAGAGUCGCGUGGAGCGUCUGAGGAAGAAGAUGAAUGAGCAGGAGUCGUGGCUGCUCCUGCACUCCCCCACCAUCCCCUUCCGCAUCCACAACAAACAUGGAAAGAGCUACCUGUUCCUCCUCUCCUCUGAUUAUGAGAGGUCAGAGUGGAGGGAAAGCAUUCAGAAACUCCAGAAGAAAGAUCUCCAGGCGUGUGUUUUAAGUUCUGUCGAGCUCCAGGUUCUGACCAGCUCCUGUUUCAAACUCCGAACUGUCCACAACAUUCCUGUCACCAGUAACAAAGAUGAUGAGGAGACUCCUGGCCUGUAUGGAUUUCUGCAUGUGAUCGUCCACUCUGCCAAAGGAUUCAAGGAGUCAGCCAAUCUCUACUGCACCCUUGAAGUGGACUCAUAUGGAUACUUUGUCAGCAAGGCCAAGACCCGAGUCUUCAGAGACACCACAGAGCCACAGUGGAACGAAGAGUUUGAGAUUGAGUUGGAAGGCUCCCAGUAUCUCCGGAUCCUGUGCUACGAGAAGUGUUACGACAAAAGCAUGCUCAACAAGGACGACAACGAGAUCGUGGACAAGAUCAUGGGAAAAGGGCAAGUCCAGCUGGAUCCUCAGACAGUGCAGUCCAAGAACUGGCACAUGGACGUCAUAGAAAUGAACGGGAUCAAAGUGGAGUUCUCCAUGAAGUUUACAAGUCGGGACCUCAGCUUGAAGAGAACGCCGUCCAAAAAGCAGAGUGGGGUGUUUGGAGUGAAAAUCAACGUGGUGACAAAGCGCGAGCGCUCCAAGGUGCCUUACAUUGUCCGUCAGUGCAUUGAGGAAGUGGAGAAGAGGGGGAUUGACGAAGUGGGAAUCUACAGGAUCUCAGGGGUGGCCACUGAUAUCCAGGCCCUCAAAACAGCAUUCGACACCAAUACCAAAGACAUUCUGGUGAUGCUGAGUGACAUGGACAUCAACGCCAUCGCGGGAACACUGAAGCUGUACUUCAGGGAGCUGCCGGAGCCUCUGCUCACCGACCGCCUCUACCCCGCCUUCAUGGAGGGCAUAGCGCUGUCAGACCCGGCAGCCAAGGAGAACUGCAUGAUGCACCUCCUGCGCUCCCUACCUGACCCCAACCUCAUGACCUUCCUCACUCUGCUAGAACACCUCAAACGGGUGGCUGAGAAGGAGCCCAUCAACAAGAUGUCCCUCCAUAACCUGGCCACUGUGUUUGGCCCCACUCUGCUCAGGCCCUCAGAGUCAGAGAGCACGAAGGGACAGCACAUCACCUCCGCCUCUGACAUCUGGUCACAUGACGUGAUGGCACAGGUCCAGGUGCUGCUGUAUUACCUGCAGCAUCCUCCCAUCUCCUUUGCCGAACUGAAGCGCAACACACUCUACUUUUCCACUGACGUUUAAUUCCCCCCCACCUCCCUCAGGGCGCCAUCUGGAGAGGAGAGAGUGAGAGACUCCAUACAAACCUUGGUCCCCGCCUCUUGGUCCUCCUGCCUCACCUCUCCUCCCAGCAGGCAGCUCAUCUCGACUGUACAGCCCCCACCCCCCAUCUCUCCUGUCUACACCCCCCAAACCAACCACCUCACGCACCCCCCCCCCCCCUGUCCUGAAAUGAGAUGGAGCUGAGCACAUAGGGAGGUGGUGAAGGAGAUUUCCCGGCCGUCUAGUAGUCAUAUGUCGCGUCCCGUUUGUAAUGUGGGGAGAGCAGAGCCGACCCCCGCCUCCCACCGACGAGACGACAAGGCAUUCUGGGACCACAGCGGGAAAGGUCGGGGCGGUCCGGAAGCCGCAGCCUGGCACGAUGGCACAGGAUCACUCCCGUGUGUGUCGUGGUGUCAUCCAGCGAGCCCUUUCCAGACUCUGGCUUGAUGAUCGCAGAAACCAGUCGAGUCCUCCAGCGUCGUUUUCCUCAUCAGAGGCAUUCCAGAAAAAUGGCAUUUACACGUUUAAUAAUUAUGUUCAACAGCUGUUUUGUUUCCUUUUUCAAUCUUUCUGGCUUUGUGCAUGUACGUGGUGGAGGAGGCCGGGUUGUGUGAGUGACAAUGUGGAUGUACUUGAUCUGAGUGAGUGUGUAUGUGUGUGCGUGUUUAAGGGACUAUGAGAACUUGUGAGGUUUAGAAGUGGCUGGGAAGCCGUCCUAAUAAAUGGCUGGUGAUGUGUCUCUCUGUACUGACAGACAGGAGAGAACUGCCCUCCCCAGUGAGUCUUGGCCAAAUUAGCCCUAUUUAUUUUGAAUAUAUAUAAUAUGUGUGCCUGUACAGUUCUGUGCAACUAGAGAAAUGCUCUAAGGAGUCUGUUUUUUGAAGUUUAUUCAGGUAGUGAUGUUAUUUUUAGUCUGAUUUUCUCAUUCACCAUGUCCAUGGUUGGUAAGCUGUACUGAAAAGAUCACCAGAAAGUCUGCCAAUUAAUUUCAGAUCACUUUGUAGAGGAGAACGGGCACUCAGUGACAUGAGGGUUGUUGGGGAAAAAAACACAAUGAAUGGAACAUUUAGCUUUUUUUCUUGUUGUUUCAUUGCAAGCCUGUUCCAAGUGUCUUACUGCACCAGUAUAAUCUAUAGGAUGAUUUGUGUAGUUGCCCUCGUUGCAUGUUCAGCUUGUCAAUCAAACCAGGCCAGGUAACACAAAGGUAGGAUGUCUCUGCAAGGCCCUCGCUAAGACUGGCAAACGCCCAUCUCUGCUCUGUACAAAGCCAACCUUUCUGCUAUCAAGCCUGCGACAUAUCUUAAAAUACUGUAAGCACUGCUAGAUGAGUACUAUUUGAUAUUUUUAAUAUAAGAUUAAAAUGAAAUAAAAAAUGUUGUAUUUUACUUCCUUUGAGAAGAAUUUCAAUAUACUGUAAUAUUGAGGCUAAAUGUUAAUGUGAACUUUUUCCCCCUUUUUUUAGUAAAAUAAAAGUUACCAAAACACG